CCGACUUUCCUCCCCAUGGACGCCUCCUCCAAGGCAACCGCCGCCGCCUCCGCCGGCGACGGCGGCGAGAAGCCCAGCGACGACCAGAAUCUCAGCCCCAACACCCCCGCCGCGACCGGAGGGGGCGACGACGUCUCGGCUGUGGCGGCGGCGGCAGGGCGGCGCCCGUUCACCGCCUUGAGCCAGGAGGAGGCCGACCUCGCCCUCGCGCGCGUGCUCCAGGAGCAGGAGCGGGCGUACAUGAUGCUCACCGGCCACGGCGGGGAGGGGAGCGAGUACGGGGAGUCGGACGCCGGGAGCUACGACGACUACGACGACGAGGAGGGGAGCGAAUGGGAGGAGGAGGGGGAGGCGGACGGGGCGGGGGUGCUCCCCGACGGCGACGGCGAGGACGAGGAGGUGGGCGACGCGGACGGGGCCGACGUGGACCCCGCGGCGUACGAGGACGACGAGGCGUACGCCCGGGCCCUCCAGGACGCCGAGGAGCGCGAGGUCGCCCAGCGGCUCAUGGCGCUCGCGGGGAUUACGGGCUUAGGGGAAGAGAUGGACCAUGAUGUCGAAGACGGCGAAGAUGGGGAUAGCGCACAGGAUGCAUGGGAAGAUGUUGAUCCAGAUGAAUACUCGUACGAGGAGCUGGUUGCAUUGGGUGAAGUAGUCGGUACGGAAAGCAGAGGUGUCUCUGCUGAUACUCUGGCUUCAUUACCUUCAGUAACUUACCAGGCACAAGAUAAGCAAGACAGCAACAUGGAACAAUGUGUUAUUUGCCGUGUGGAAUUUGAGGAAGGUGAAUCAUUGAUUGCACUUCCUUGCAAGCAUUCAUAUCAUUCUGAGUGCAUAAACCAGUGGCUGCAGUUAAACAAGGUAUGCCCUAUGUGCAGUGCUGAAGUUCCUACUUCAGAAAGCAAUCAAGCUUGACAUUCUGUUGUGGUCGUCAUCACAUGGGAAGAAAUGGGGAGCAGCUUAUAUUUUCUGCUGUUGGCGAUAUUCUAGCAUCAGGAUUCAAAGAAACUAAGAAACAAGCCUCAAGUUGGUCUCCCUUGCUAGCUCAGCAGACUUAGACAAUAUGUACUUGUGGACGUUCUUCACCAUGCUGCUGCUUUGUGUAUCCUAUUAGACGUUCAUGGUGCAUGUAUGAUUCAUUGAUGUAAAAUAGUUUAAAUUUAUAGAACAUUCUUUGUUACGCUGGUUGUCCAUGGAUGUAGAAUAAUUAUCAUAUUUAUAGUCAUUCUUUUACACUUGGUCA